CUCUUCCUGCUGUCGCUCUUUCUGCGCGCCAGCCAUGCCUCCAGCCCGCUGGCCAUGAACUGGUCCUCGCAGGCCUACGGCCCUGACGGUCCCUGGCAGGCCGUCGACAUCGCCGUGGGCAGCAAUGGACAGCACGUCGCGCUGUACCCGGGCGCGACCGGCUACACCAGCACGAUCCUGAUGGCGUCGCUGUGCACCAACACCUCGCUGUCGGCCACCUGCUACGCCGCCCAGGCCGGCGUCUACAACGCCUCGGAAUCCACCACCGCCUUCGUCCUCGACGUCAGCGGCUGGGAGACCACCUACUGGGCCGUCGAGGGCGGCAGCGUCGAGGGCGUCCUGGGCGACGAGGUCUCCGUCGGCAACGACCAGUUCGUCCCCAACGUCAGCUUCACGGCCAUCUACCAGACCUACGAGACCUACCCCAACGGCAAGUCCUACCCCGUCUCCGUCGGCAACCUCGCCCUGGGCGCGCCCUACACCUCCGACGAGAUCUCCUCCAACACCACCCUCAACCUGCUCGCCUCCUACCUCUACUCCUCCGGCGGCGAAUCCGGCAUCCCCUCCUACUCCUACGGCAUGCACAUCGGCUCCGCCACGCCCUCCAUCCCGGGCUCCCUCAUCCUCGGCGGGUACGAUCGCUCGCGCGCCCUGUCCCCGAUCAGCGCGCAAUCCGUCAGCCUGGCGUCCGCAACGGGCGGCGAACUGCCCAUCACGCUGAAGGACAUCGCGCUCGGCGUCGCGGAAGGCGAGUCGCCCUUCCCCUUCACCUCCAAAAGCGGCCUCUUCACGGGCUACUCCACGCAAUCCGUCACCGUCGACCCCACCAAACCCUACCUAUACCUCCCCGAAGACACCUGCGACGCCAUCACCUCGUCCCUGCCGGUGAGCUUCAACUCCAGCUUCGGCCUGUACCUCUGGGACACCACCGCAUCCGACUACGAGAACAUCACCACCUCCCCGUCCUACCUCUCCUUCACCUUCACCAAAGACGACGUUGACAACCAGAACAUCACCAUCAAGAUCCCCUUCUCGCUGCUCACCCUCACCCUCGAAGCGCCCCUCGUCGACGCCAACACCACCUACUUCCCGUGCUUCUACGACGACACGCCCGUCCUCGGCCGGGCCUUCCUCCAGGCCGCCUUCGUCGCCGUCAACUACCACGACGGCGACAACACCGGCACCUGGUUCCUCGCGCAGGCCCCGGGCCCGGGCAUCUCCACCUCCACCGACGUCACCGCCAUGUCCGUCUCCCAGACCAGCCUCACGGGCUCCAACUCCUCCUGGGAAGACUCCUGGGCCAGCACAUGGCACGUCCUCGGCGCCACGACCACCGGCUCCUCAAACAGCACCACCAACAGCACCACGCCCGCCACCUCCAAGAAAGACAGCGGGCUCUCCUCCGGCGCGAAAAUCGGUCUGGGCGUCGGCCUCGGCGUCGGCGGCGCCAUCCUCAUCGCCGCCGCCGUCUUCCUCGCCCUGCUCAUCCGCAAACGCAAACAGGGCAUCCUCCUCGGAAGUCGUCAGACCUCCCCCACCCACGACCGCAAGCAGCCGUUCCGCGGCAUCGUCGAGAUC